AAGGCUCUGGCUGAGUGAGGCAGACAGAGAGAGUGCAGCCCCGGCUCCAUGUUUGGGAAGUGGGAGGGGGAAGUGGAGGAUAGGGUCUGGGAGCUACAUAAACUCUCCCCAGGCCAGUGAGGGGGCACACCAUCCUUGAGAGGCAUACCCCGGCCAAGCACUGUCAGGUGAUUGUCUCCAGUCGGAGUAAGGAAGGUAAAGCAAAGAAUUGACAAUGUGUGACGACGAAGAGAGCACCGCCCUUGUGUGUGACAAUGGGUCCGGUCUGUGCAAGGCAGGCUUCGCCGGGGACGACGCCCCCAGAGCAGUUUUCCCCUCCAUCGUAGGCCGUCCCAGACAUCAGGGUGUGAUGGUCGGCAUGGGACAGAAAGACAGUUACGUGGGUGACGAGGCACAGAGCAAAAGAGGUAUCCUAACCCUGAAGUACCCCAUCGAGCACGGCAUCAUCACAAACUGGGAUGACAUGGAAAAAAUUUGGCAUCACUCUUUCUACAAUGAGCUCCGUGUGGCCCCAGAGGAGCACCCCACCCUGCUGACAGAGGCCCCCCUUAACCCCAAAGCCAACAGGGAGAAGAUGACCCAGAUUAUGUUUGAGACCUUCAACGUUCCAGCCAUGUACGUAGCUAUCCAGGCUGUUCUGUCCCUUUACGCUUCUGGUCGCACAACAGGUAUUGUCCUUGACUCUGGUGAUGGUGUCACCCACAACGUCCCCAUCUAUGAGGGUUAUGCCCUGCCCCACGCCAUCAUGCGUCUGGACCUGGCUGGCCGCGAUCUCACUGACUACCUCAUGAAGAUCCUGACCGAGAGGGGCUACUCAUUCGUCACCACCGCCGAGAGAGAAAUUGUCCGCGAUAUCAAGGAGAAGUUGUGCUACGUGGCCCUGGACUUUGAGAAUGAGAUGGCCACCGCUGCCUCCUCCUCCUCUCUGGAGAAGAGCUAUGAGCUGCCCGACGGUCAGGUCAUCACCAUCGGCAAUGAGAGAUUCCGCUGCCCCGAGACCCUCUUCCAGCCCUCCUUCAUCGGCAUGGAGUCCGCUGGUAUCCAUGAAACCACUUACAACAGCAUCAUGAAGUGUGACAUUGACAUCCGUAAGGACCUGUACGCCAACAACGUCCUGUCAGGAGGUACUACCAUGUACCCUGGCAUCGCAGACAGAAUGCAGAAGGAGAUCACUGCCCUGGCCCCCAGCACCAUGAAGAUCAAGAUCAUCGCCCCACCAGAGAGGAAGUACUCCGUCUGGAUCGGUGGCUCCAUCCUGGCCUCCCUCUCCACCUUCCAGCAGAUGUGGAUCAGCAAGCAGGAGUACGACGAGGCCGGCCCUUCCAUUGUGCAUCGCAAGUGCUUCUAAACAAGGCCCAGACCCACCCACCCACCCCAGCCCACUCCCUCCCUCCAGCCCCAAUUUCUGCUCUCGUUCUUUUGCCUGUAAACUGUGAAUGUGUCCCCUAUUUACCCUCCUGUGUUUCUAUCUUUGCACUGCCCACCCCUGAAUGAAUGUUAUGUUAUGUUAUUGGUUGGUUAUGUUUUUUUUGUUGAAUGAAUAAAGCUUGAAUGUGCAGCUGAUAUAAAACUUUGGGGGCCAUUGGGGCCAUUCCCGGGAGAGUGUAUAUAGAUUCCAGCAGUGGCGAUAGAAUGAAGUAGAAGAGGCUGAAUCUGUUCCACAGCGCUAUAGCAUUCUCCCUCUUUUGUUCACUUUGUUCAGUACUUCAUCCCUGGAUGUGGUCUCUCGCAUGGCUCAGAUCACUGCUGAAAGCUUCAACCAUCUGACUGUUUGUAAAGAUCCAUGUGAACAUGAACGAACACCCAAGGAAGGAAUAAAGCUCUCAUACAAGGGCCUCUGGCUCAUA